AUGGCGGAGGAACUGCGGCGGCUUCAGGAGAGGGUCCGUGAGUUGGAGGCGGAACAAGCCCAGCUGCACCAGGAGCGGGAGGCCGGUCCUAGUCUGAGAGGACAAGUGGACAACCCAGGGACUACAGAGACUGUCAUCUACCUUCCUGGUGAACGAAAGUGCCCCAUGUUUCGAGGAACUCACGGGAUUGGGAUUGAUGACUGGGUGGAGGAGAGGGACCUUGCAGAGGCCAACCAUGUCCCACUGGAGCACUACCUACCUGGUACCCCGGUUCCGGCAUCCAUCACAGAGGGUCCAGCCCAAGAGGACGAGGCCAGUGGAGAUGAGUUGGAGUUGGGGGCUUGGCUGGUGGUCAGGGAGUCGGUCAGUGCCCCUUCUACGCCGGUCGAGCCACUCGCCCGGGAGUUGCCUGUCGCCAGUCCAUCUCCAGUGGUGCCUUCUCGCGCCGGGUCUGCACUGCUGAACGCACUUGCUCCCUCGCUGUCUGCCUACCAGCUGCGGCAGCUAAUUAGCAGUAAUGUAAAGCCGGUGCGCAAACCAGAGCAGCACACCUCUGGAGCUUCGGGUUUGGGGUCGUGUGUGUGGGGCAGAGGAGUGGUGGUCUGCUGGUGUCCGCUUCAUGCCCGAGCUUCAUAUCGCGCCGGGUUGAUGUUCAUGCGAGGCUUCAUUUGGGCGGAGAUUAAGGAGAUGUGGGACGGAGGCUUCACGGAAUACAUUCACGACUGGUGGAACCUGAUGGACUUUGCCAUGAACUCGCUGUAUCUGGCAACCAUCUCGCUCAAAAUCGUGGCCUACGUCAAGAUAAUAAAGGAUUGA